UAUUGGGUCAUGUAGUAAUGGCGGAACUUAAAUGGUUAAUCUCCAGACAGGUCUUUCGGUCUCCAUGACAUGUCUUCCAUUGUGUACGGGAAGUUGCUCGACAUGAGACACUUCUGAUCAGAGAAGAGGCAUAUAUGAUUGAAGUUUGAACUUUUUCUACUAUUGAGCAUCAUCAUCAUUACAUUAUCUUUAACCUCCCACCCCCUCAGCUCAGUCUCGGGUACUCAGUCGCCGAAGUGGUAUCGCCACUCCGCAUCAAUUUUGUUAUCAGACGUUGUCAUUUUACUAUUAGGUGCAACGGACUUUUCUCUUAUGUGUACGUCAAUUUGUGUCAAGAUGAAUAGCUUGAAGGCGUUUAAGGAGCCAUUCGAUAGAAUCAUCUCUGAACCAGUGGAGGACACAGAUACUAGUAGCUUCAUGGCAGAAAUGUCCUUGAAGUCCAACUAUCCAGUCCAAGUCACAGAACCUCAAGAUACAGUGACACUGCAGCUGAGGUCCAUGCCACCUGGCUACCUUACACCUCUCUCAGACAGAAUAAGACAGCCAGUGGAAGAUGGUGUAGAGUGCAUCUGCACAGGCUCCAUCUCACCAGACUUCCCCAAGGAGCUGCAGUUCUUGAACAACCAAUGUGAGAAGUGCUGCUGCUCAGCUCCACCUCCAAAGAUCAGUGACCUAAUGGAUGACAACGACUUGCUUGACUUACUGCGUCUUAAACUGGAUCCAAAUCAUUGCACUGUCAAGAACUGGAAGAACUUUGCGAGCCGUUGGGGUAUGAGCUAUGAUGAGCUGACUCUGCUGGAGCACCGGACCCAGGGCUCAAUGUGCCACAGCCCCACACAAGAGUUCCUGCUGCGCAACAACCACAAGACCGUCACUGAGCUCACCGAACUUUGCCGGAUCUACCAGCGCAUUGAUGUGCUGCGGCUUCUGCAACGCUGGAUGGAGAACGACUGGCCCUCACGCUGGCAAAAUGCUCAUUAAUCACAUAUGCCCUCAUUAAUCGCUAUCCACUUUAUUGAAUUAGCAAUGACAACAGGGACUUGGACCAUUUGUUAUCAGAAGCCUAUUUAUUAAACAACCAGUGGUUCCCGGAUUUUAGAUGAUUUGGUGUGCAAAAGACAACUGGAUCACAUGCUAUGACUCCUGUGGAGUUGAGGACUUAAUGGGACUGAUUGUCGUUUUGUACUUGUUACCAAUACUGGAGUUCUGAUUAUCUCAACCGGCACAUUCUUUUCUUUUUCAAAAGGUUCCUCAUUCUCUGAAUUGUUGUGUGUUCAAGUGUUGGUGUACCCACAAAAAUAAUGAGGCGGCUAGAGCAUAAAAAGUAGAGCUGUGUUAACCAACAUAGCACGUAAAGAAGGUGAGGUGGGAAAAAGAGAACGAGAUUAAAAGGGUGAAUUGUUCAUCAAUUGUAAUUUUUUUUAGAACAGUGACCAUGAUAAGAAUCAAUGUAGUAUAUAUCAUAUGGCAAAGAUGACAGUGUUGCGUUUUGGUCAUUAUAGUCUCAUAAAAAUAGGAAUAAUCUCCAAAUGUAUUGUUCGUAUUCAUAGUUAUUGAGUCUUGAUUAUUUUGGGAUCGUUUGAUGAAGCUGAGAUUGUGUUUUUCAAUUUCACUACAGUUUGAAUUCUAAUUAGUAAUUUGCCCUUAUGCUUUAUAUUGAAUGUGGUUCCAAUUCCUCUCCCCAACCCCACUUGAAGCAAAUAAAAGCUAGAUGUUUUGCA